UUGGGGAGGUGAGAGGUGAUUUCCUGCCAUUCUUCUGCGGGGCGGGCUUCCCAGGGCGGUCAUGCCAGGCUGACGGGGCGCAGUGCGGGCUCCCGCUGCUGGGGGAGAGCUGGGUUUUCAUGGGGUAAUAGCUGAGGCAGGACCUGCAGCCAUGAACCGCUUCAAUGGGCUCUGCAAGGUGUGCUCAGAGCGCCGCUACCGCCAGAUCACCAUCCCAAGGGGGAAGGACGGCUUUGGCUUCACCAUCUGCUGCGACUCUCCAGUCCGAGUCCAGGCUGUGGAUUCUGGGGGCCCGGCCGAGCGGGCAGGCCUACAGCAGCUGGACACAGUGCUGCAGCUGAACCAGAGGCCCGUGGAGCACUGGAAAUGUGUGGAGCUGGCACACGAGAUCCGGAGCUGCCCCAGCGAGAUCAUCCUGCUCGUGUGGCGCAUGGUCCCCCAGGUCAAGCCGGGGCCGGAUGGCGGGGUGCUGCGGCGGGCCUCCUGCAAGUCGACACAUGACCUCCAGUCGCCCCCCAACAAGCGGGAGAAGAACUGCACGCACGGGGCCCAGGCCCGGCCCGAGCAACGCCACAGCUGCCAUUUGGUGUGUGAUAGCUCAGAUGGGCUGCUGCUUGGUGGCUGGGAGCGCUACACCGAGGUGGCCAAGCGUGGGGGCCAGCACACACUGCCUGCACUGUCCCGGGCCACUGCCCCCACUGACCCCAACUACAUCAUCCUGGCCCCGCUGAACCCUGGGAGCCAGCUGCUGAGGCCUGUGUACCAGGAGGAUACCAUCCCAGAAGAAUCGGGGAGUCCCAGUAAAGGGAAGUCCCACACGGGCCUGGGGAAGAAGUCCCGGCUGAUGAAGACGGUGCAGACCAUGAAGGGCCAUGGGAACUACCAAAACUGCACAGUCAUGAGGCCACACCCUCCGCACUCCAGCUAUGGCACCUAUGUCACCCUGGCCCCCAAGGUCCUGGUGUUCCCCGUCUUCGUGCAGCCUUUGGAUCUCUGUAACCCUGCCCGGACCCUCCUGUUGUCAGAGGAGCUGCUGCUGUAUGAGGGGAGGAACAAGGCUGCUGAGGUGACACUGUUCGCCUACUCGGACCUGCUGCUCUUCACCAAGGAGGAGGAGCCGGGCCGCUGCAACGUCCUGAGGAACCCCCUCUACCUCCAGAGUGUGAAGCUGCAGGAAGGUUCUUCUGAAGACCUGAAAUUCUGCGUGCUGUAUCUCGCAGAGAAGGCAGAGUGCUUAUUCACUUUGGAAGCACACUCGCAGGAGCAGAAGAAGAGAGUGUGCUGGUGUCUGUCGGAGAACAUCGCUAAGCAGCAACAGCUGGUAGCGUCGCCCUCGGAGAGCAAGAUGUUUGAGACAGAAGCCGAUGAGAAGAGGGAGAUGCCCUUGGAGGAAGGGAAGGGGCCGGGUGCUGAAGACCCCUCACCCAGCGAGGACCGCUGUCCUAGCCAAGAUCUUCCUCCAGCGCAAGACCUUCCGCCCAGCAAGCAGUCCCCUCCCGCCCAGGAGUCACUGUCCAGCAAAGACUCACCUUCCUGCAAGGGACCUCCAGCAGGGCAAGAACCCCCACCCAGCAAGGACUCCCCACCAUGCCAGGAUCCCCCUCCAGCCCAAGACCCCCCACUCUGCCAGGAUCUUCCUACUAGCCAAGAACCCCCUCCCAGCCAGGACCCUCUACUCAGCCAAGACCUCCCUGCCGUCCAGGCGCCCCCUGCCCAGGACCUCCCAUCCGGUCACGACCUGCCUCCCAGCCAGGUCUCUCUGCCAGCCGAGGCUCUCACUGAGGAGACUGCGGGCUCUGGGGAACCACCAGCAGCCACCAGGGACCCAGCCGUGGCCUCCAGGCCGACCUUCGUGAUCCCUGAGGUCCGGCUGGAUAGCGCCUACAGCCAGAAGGCAGGGGCAGAGGGGGGAGGGUCAGGCGAUGAAGAGGAAGCCGAAGAGGCUGAGGAGGGGGAGGAAGGGGAUGAGGGUGAGGAAGACGAGGAUGAGGACACAAGUGAUGACAACUAUGGAGAGCGUAGUGAAGUCAAACGCAGCAGCAUGAUUGAGACGGGCCAGGGCGCCGAGGGAGGAUUCUCGCUGCGUGUUCAGAACUCACUACGGCGCCGGACGCACAGCGAGGGCAGUCUGCUGCAGGAAACGCGCGGGCCCUGCUUCGCUUCCGACACCACCUUGCACUGCUCUGAUGGCGAGGGUGCCACCCCCACCUGGGCCAUGCCUUCACCCCGCACCCUCAAGAAGGAACUGGGCCGCAAUGGCGGCUCCAUGCACCACCUCUCCCUCUUUUUCACGGGACACAGGAAGAUGAGUGGGCCGGAUACUGUUGGUGAUGAAGAUGAAGUCUCCCGGAAGAGGAAGGGCAAAAACCUAGCCAAGGACAUGAAAAACAAGCUGGGCAUCUUCAGGCGACGGAACGAGUCCCCCGGGGCGCAGCCAGCGGGCAAGGCAGACAAAGUGAUGAAGUCCUUCAAGCCCACCUCAGAGGAAGCCCUUAAGUGGGGUGAGUCCUUGGAGAAGCUGCUGCUUCACAAAUAUGGAUUAGCAGUGUUCCAGGCCUUCCUUCGCACUGAGUUUAGUGAGGAGAACCUGGAGUUCUGGCUGGCGUGUGAGGACUUCAAGAAAGUCAAGUCACAGUCCAAGAUGGCAGCCAAAGCCAAGAAGAUCUUUGCUGAAUACAUCGCGAUCCAGGCAUGCAAGGAGGUAAACCUGGACUCGUACACACGGGAACACACCAAGGACAACCUGCAAAGUGUCACACGGGGCUGCUUUGACCUGGCGCAGAAGCGCAUCUUUGGGCUCAUGGAAAAGGACUCAUACCCGCGCUUCCUCCGUUCUGACCUCUACCUGGACCUAAUUAACCAGAAGAAGAUGAGUCCCCCACUUUAGGGGCCACCAGGGCAGAGCUGAGUGUUCACAACAGGCGGACUGGGCCCCCGUCCCACCUGCCUCCCUCCGCUGCUGCGACGGAGGGGGCAAGAAGGCUCCUGGAGGCUUCGUCUCCGGACAGACAGAUGGGACAUUUGGAUGCGAGGCCUGGACCAAAAGAGGCCAGACCACUGGAGGAGUAGAAGGGCUGGCCCCGUUGGGUCCCCGUUGCCCCGGUACGAGGGGGCCCAAGGGCCCUGGCAGGUCAGGGACCCAGCUGAGCCAGAUCCGGAGCUGCUGCCGCCUGCAGUGGCGACUCUGCGUUGACCAGGUUCCUUAAAGAACUGGCUGGCGGGGCAGGGGGCCCAGGCCUGGGCUCCAGGGCCCUUCCUGGGGGGCUGCUGGGGCUUGCAGCUCAGACCCCCUCCUCGCGUUUUAUUUAUUUAAACAGUAGUUGGAUGCUUGGCAUGUUAUCCUGUAAUAGGAAACCCUUGCCUCAUCAGUUUUCCUAAUUUACAAGUGCAAUAUUUUAACCGCCUUGUGAAAAGCCGCCCUGCAGAAAAGGCAGGCACCAUUCUCUAGUUUCAGGGAAUUUGGUGGUCCAGGGUGGGCAGCCAGGCCCUCUGGACUGAGGAGGGCUGUAAGGGCACUGCAGUCUGACCUCACACAGAAGUCCUGUGCCCCUGGGUGGGGUGUCCCUUGCGGGCUCCGGGGAAGCAUGGCACCCUCAGACUACACAGCAGCCACGUUCUGGAGCAAAUAAAAGGCCUGUGUUAUUUCUUGUUCUUGGCCCUU